AUGGCAGUGUCAAAGAAUAUAAAGAAGGGUGCUAGAUGGGUCAGUUCAUACUUUCCUAGGUAUGAGUUGUUGUCAAGUCAUGCUCAGUUGGUUGGAUGUACUCAGAGAAUGCCAAUGCCACAGAUGAUACUAUUAUCAUUACAACAUGUGAUGGCUAUGUUUGGUUCAACGGUCGUUGGUCCAAUGCUAAUGGGUUUCAGUCCCAAUACUGGAUUGUUCUUCUCUGGCAUUGGAACACUUAUAUUCUACGUCUGCACUGGUGGUCGUAUGCCAUCAUAUCUAGGAUCAUCAUUCGCCUUUAUCGGUGUGGUCAACGCGGCAACUGGAUAUCACUAUGUACCUGGUGCUGGACUGAACCCCAACAUUGACAAGGCUGCUGGUGGCAUCUUGAUAUGUGGCAUCAUCUAUCUCGCUAUAUCAAUCAUUGUCAUAGUAGUUGGCUAUAGAUGGCUAGAGAUACUCAUGCCACCCAUCGUCACUGGUGCUGUUGUAAUGUCAAUUGGACUAAACCUAGCUGGUGCAGCAAUUGGACAAGCCAACACCACUGGAUUCGAUGCAUGGAUGGCCUUUGCAACUGUGAUGGCCAUUAUUUUGAUCACAAUGUAUGCUCCUGGACCACUAAAGCGACUACCUAUUCUGUUGGGUGGCAUCUUUGGAUACCUUAUAUACCUGUUCUUUGGUCUAGGAGGCAUUGGACCAGGUAUAAGUUAUGACACUGUACGAAAUGCCAAGUGGAUUGGCUUUCCACCAACAACAAAACCAAUAUUCGAUGGCUCAGCAAUAUCAUUGAUUGCGCCAGUGGCCAUUAUCUUGGCUGCAGAAAACAUUGGACAUGUCAAAGCAGUAGGAUCUAUGACUGGUACCAACAUGGAUAAACUACUUGGCAGGGCAUUCCUUGGUGACUCGCUGGCAACAAUCUUAGCAGCUUCAUUUGGAAGUACAGGUACAACUACUUAUGCUGAGAACAUUGGAGUGAUGAGUAUAACAAAGAUAUUCUCAACAUUGACUUUUGUAAUGGCUGCUGUUGUGGCUGUAGCACUUGGUCUACUACCUGUGUUUGGUGCAGUGAUACAAACUAUACCACCUGGAGUAUUUGGUGGGAUAUCAAUUGUUCUGUUUGGAUUGAUUGCAGUAACUGGUGCCAAGAUUUGGAUUACGAAUCAGGUGGACUUCUCACAAAAGAGAAACUUAUUCCCUGCUGGCAUUGCACUGGUACUUGGAUGUGGAAUGGUCAAUGGACUGGUAAUAUCAUGGGGUGUUAUCAAGAUUGAUGGAAUCGGUGCAUCUACAUUAAGUGCAAUUAUAUUAUAUCAAUUGAUGCGUGAAGAUUGGCCUCAAGUCUUUAGAAGAGUUUAUAACAAAGUAAGAGGACACAAAGGCGGUGGAUCAAGGUCACAUUCAACUGAAGACAAUGGAGCAACAUCAUCAGACCAUGUUGCCAUGACCAUUUUAGAACAUCGUCCAUUAUCUCAAUCUGGAGCUAGCACACCUUUAUCCUCUUCAGACAGUAGUAGUUGUAACAACAAUGAUACCAACAACAAUAAUAUUGACCCAGCCAGUGUACCAAUGAACCAACCCCAAAGCGAUAUAUCACACGUGGAGAGACAUAGUAGUAGUCGUCUGAGUACCCACCAGGAAGACGAAUAA